AUGACGGACGGCAUCCAGAGGUGGACGGUGACGGAGCCGUACCUCGAUAUCCGGGGCGGUCUGCUGGAAGGCCCGUUCUACACCCCCGCUCGCAAUGAGCUGCGGUUCGUCGAUAUCGACAAGGCAAAGGUCUAUUUCGUCGACCUUGCCAAGGGCCCCAGCUCCCUGCGGGUCGUCUCGACCGGCGUUGCUGUUGGGGUGACGGCCGACGUCGUCGACGCCGAUGCGAAGGACCAGGUCAUUGUUGCUGCCAAACAUGGCUUUGCGACCCUUGACUCUCAGACCGGAGAGCUGUCUUAUGUGCGCAGGAUAUGGGACAACCCGGACGAUGAGCAUAAGUAUGGCCAGCAACUCCAUUCUGGACAUGUUCCGCUGACUUCUCCCAGGAUGCGGUUCAAUGACGGGGCCGUCGACAGUCGUGGCCGUUUCUGGGCCGGCUCGUGUAAUGACGACAAGGUGACGCAAGUCAAAGACGAAGGCACCAUGUUUCGGCUAGACCCCGAUCGGACGGUACACCGCAUGGUCGAGCGCAUGAUGAUCCCGAACGGCACGGGUUGGAACUCCAAGGACGACACCAUGUACCUGACCGAUUCGCCCCGGGGCGACAUCUACGCGUACGACUUCAACGCCGAGACGGGCGACAUCUCGAACCGACGGGUGCACUUCCACCUCGACGGAAGCAUCGGGGAGCCCGAUGGCUUCGCCAUGGACGUGGAAGACUGCAUCUGGAUCGCCGUCUGGCGCGGCAGCAAGGUCAUCCGCAUCAACCCGGAGGGCAAAAUCAUUGGGGAGAUCUCGCUCCCGACGCGCCAUGUCACCUGCCCGGAGUUUGUGGGCACGGAGCUCUUCAUCACCACGGCCGCUGAGAAAGAGCCCGAGAAAUAUCCGGAGUCGGCGCGAUACGGAGGCAACGUGUACAGAGUGGACGUGGGAGUCAGGGGCAAGCCGAGGAACAGCUUCCACUUCAAGAAAUGA